AUGUUUAAACUUCAAGAAUCAGAGGGGCAACAAAUGAAGUCUAACCAAGAUGAUAUCGACGACAGUCUGUUUAAGAUAGAAGAUGAGCCUACCAGUGAAAUAUUUUAUGGUGAGGAGGAUAGAAUAACUAUAUUAAGAGACAAGAUAAAUUCGAAAAUCAAAUCGAACAUUGGUAUAGUAUUUCUGGCGAUAGCUCAGUUUUUUAAUUCAACAAUGAUUGUUUCUACAAAAGUUUUGGAAACAGGUGAAAGCAAGAUCAAGCCAUUACAGGUUUUAGUUGUUAGAAUGGUGAUAACUUACCUUGGAUGCUUAAUCUACAUGUACCUACAUCGUGAUACUAUCAAGAAUAUUCCCUUUGGAGAUCCACCAGUUAGAAAGUGGUUACUGUUAAGAGGAAUGACCGGUUUCUUUGGGGUUUUUGGCAUGUACUAUAGUCUGCAGCAUCUAAGUAUAUCCAAUGCUAUUUUAAUAACAUUUUUAGCUCCAAGUUUAACAAUCGUUUUAGCAGCUAUGUUUUUGCAUGAGAGGAUAAAUCUCUGGGAAAUAGCAGGAUCUUUAACCUCCCUUUUCGGUGUCAUCCUUAUUAUCAGGCCACCAUUCUUAUUUGGUCAAACUGAAGGAGGUGCUAACGAAAAGGCAGAAUCUUCCAAUCCUGAGGAAAGAUUGGUUGGAUCAAUGAUUGGCUUGCUUGGCACUCUAGGUAUCAGUUGUGUGUAUAUCAUCAUCAGGCGUAUUGGUAAAAGAGCGCAUGCCAUUAUGAACGUGGCAUAUUUUUCUUUAGUGACAGCCGUCAUUUCAUUAUUUGGCAUAAUUUUUAUUCCAUCAAUGUCAUUUCAAAUUCCUCAAACACUGACAGAAUGGCUAUUAUUCUCUAAUUUGGGGUUCUGUGGAUUUUUUUACCAACUAAUCUUGACUAUUGGCAUCCAAAAAGAGAGAGCAGGAAGGGGUUCAUUGUUAACCUAUACGCAGUUAAUAUAUGCUCUCUUUUGGGAUCUAGUUCUUUACCACUUUUGGCCAUCCAUCUGGUCCUGGUCUGGAAUGUUUCUUAUUAUAGGAAGUACUUUGGUCGUACUAAAAUUCAAAUCCUCGCCUGAUGUGGAAGAAGAUGAAGAUGGUACGAAGAAGCCAACUGAAAACGUUCUAUUACAAGAUAUGACUUCAGAACACUAA